AUGGCAGCAUCCAACCGCCGCUCAAACCGUCGAAGCAAGGCUUUGCUGGCGCUGCUCGUGGCAACAAGCCUCUUGUCAGUGCUUGGAGCAACACAUGCCGAGCAGGUCCCAUUCACAACACCAUCACAAAUCUCCCACGCUUCGUCUGACGCAAAGCAGAUCGACGGUUACACACCACAGGAAGCUUACGAAGAAGCACUUCGCUUACUACGGAGCACUAUCAAGACCAAGGCUCCACGCUCCAAGCUCAGCGGUAAAGGCGGCUCAAAGUCCGCACAAUCGGCUUUGAAGCAGCAGAGCGGAGCAGAAGGAAGCACUUUCAAGGCUUUCAACAUCGCUGGAGCUGCUCGUACGCUGCGUCGAUGGGCUGCUGAUAUCUACGAUGCUGCCGCCAGCGAUGUUGCGGCCGAAGCAGCGCUGAGCACCAAGGCAAAGAUCGCCGGCCCAUCGAAGGGCGAUGGAGCACAUCGCUGGCAGGGUCCCCCCACUGGGCCUUCUCAAUAUGAAUCACAAUGGCCUAGUGCCCGUCCGUUGCCGUUAUGGCCGGAUUGGGAGAGACUUCCCGAGGGUGCUCUUCCAUUCAAUCCAACCGAUAGCCCUUGGGAAAGUAUCAUGUUCGGUCCCUUCAAGAGCAACAGCAAAGCAUCAUCGGACUUGACAUUAUCCGCUGGCGAUGAUGAAACCAGCAGCAGCAGAGGCGAGAACGACGAUGAUCCCGACAGGCGUCAAGCGAUCUCACUACUCACCAAGGCUGGCUGGGGCCGCGAAACUAUCGAUUGGCAACACGAAGCCUACUCUUCGAUAGCUCGGAAUGGCUCCAGCCUGCUGCGAGAAGCUUUCCCAGAGUUGGCUACUUCGAAGGCGCCUGCAGCUAUGGCAGACUCUCCGGCAUUAGCAGAUGCCCUCUGGUUGCUCGGCGAACAUUCGCUUUGGGGUACUCACGGCAGCCAACCCAACCUUGCGCGUGCACGUGCCUGUUAUCAGCGUCUCGCUGAUCUGGGCCAUGACCAGUUUGGCCAUUCUGUGGCUGGUAACGCUAGUGCUCAUGCUCGUCUGGCAUUCCUCGAAGGCAGUGGCUGGGAGUCGACGAUUCGAGGCGACUGGAAGCCUUUGCCGAACCAAGUCAGCACCUCAUUCUCCUUCACAUCUUCUCCAACGUUCGAAGACGCCCGAGCCGCUUGGAGACGAAGACGCAAGCUAUUUGCACAGCUCAAGACCGACGAUGGUCAGAGGCAGGCCAAGGCAGUGCUGCAUUACACGAUCGCUGCCAAUGCAGGUCAUGCCCCUUCACAGAUGGCACUAGGCUUUCGCUACAAGCAAGGUAUCGGCGUUGCUCCUUCCUGCUGGACGGCACUCGACCUUUACGAGAAAGCGGCAGCGGAUGCAUACAAGCGCUUCCAAGCUGGCCCACCUGGUGGUCUCACACUUCCUUAUACCAAGAUCAGCAUCUCGGAUCUCGAUGGUGGUGCCUUCGGACCAGGCGCCUCAGUCGCAUCGACGGGAUAUGCCGCUCUCAACUCAGCAGUUCAAGCCGCCCUCAACCGUCAGCCAGGCUCAGCACGCGACCCCUCCGCGCUCGAAGACUUGCUGGAGUAUCAUGUCUACUUGGCCGAGCAUGGCGAUGUGAGGAGCAUGCUCUUCUUGGCGCAAGUGUACUACCGCGGUAGCAUCUAUUCGGCGGGCGAUGCGGCCGGAGCAGUGCGUCGUGACUAUCAACGUUCGUUGCAGUGGCUCUUCCGAGUGGCGCGCGAGGUGUGGCCUCGUAAGGCGAAUGAGGUCCAUCUUGGCGGUCCAACAGGAUACACAGCCAAGCCUGGAGACAAGGGCGAAGACGUGAGACUCAAGGUUGAUGACAGUAUGCUUGUCCAGGCUGCAUCGGCAGCCGGCAUGAUCGGUCAGAUGUAUCUUCGUGGCGAAGGCGUGAAGCAGGACUUCACACGCGCAUGGGUCUGGUUCUCUCGCGGGCAGAGCACAGGCGAUGCUGAGUCCUACAACGGCCUCGGCGUUAUGCUGCGUGACGGUCUGGGCACAUCCAUCAAUAUGGCCACAGCGACUACAUACUUUGAAGCUGCAGCAAAGGCACGACACAGCGGAGCCAACGUCAAUCUCGCCAAGAUCCACAUGGACAUGGGUGACGUCGACAGCGCAAUCAAGUGUCUCACGAUUGCCUCUUUCGGCGAGCAUCGAUUCGAGGCAAAGCACUUGCUCGCCAAAAUCAACGCCAAACUGGCACGAACGCAGCAGUCCAACCAGCAAUGUCGAGCUGCUCUGGCCGGCUUCAAGGCGACUGCCGAAAUGGGCGACUGGUCGACGCGCAUCUCGCACAAGGCGGAGCAUGCAUGGCGGCGUGGCGAGCGACAGAAGGCGCUUCUUGGCUGGGCACUGGCGGGCGAGAUGGGCUACGAAUCGGCGCAGAACAACGUGGCCUACAUGCUUGACCGAGCCAACUCUCACGCUCGCAUCCUUGACAUCUCCACCAAACCGCAGACGGACGGUAACUUUACCGACCGCCUCGCACUCGUGCAUUGGACACGUUCCGCAGCACAAAACAACGUGGACGCAAUGGUCAAGAUGGGCGACUACUACUUCUACGGUAUCGGUACCGGUAAUCCCGGGCAACCCGCGUACGAGAAAGCUGCAGCGUGCUACUCGGCUGCUGCUGAUCGAGGUGUCUCUGCGUUGGCAUUCUGGAACUUGGGCUGGAUGUACGAGAACGGUAUUGGCGUUGCACGACAAGACUUCCACCUUGCCAAGCGAUACUACGACACGGCGGUCGAGACCAACGUCGAAGCGUACCUUCCUGUUGCUUUGAGUCUUGUCAAACUGCACAUUCGGGCGGUAUGGGCGGCACUGUUCCGUUCGGAGUCGAGCCAGAGCGCCAUCUCGCUGCUUUCGUCGUACACGUCUACAAAUCGCAACACAGCGUAUACUGAAGCCGAGGAGCAGGCCGCUGAUCGACAGAAGCAAGCGGAGGAGAAGCUGAAAAGGAUUUCCGAAGAGCAGGGCGGAGGAUACGGUGAUCCCAACGAGCCGGAAACGUGGGCGGCACGGGAUGGAGAGACGGACGAAGGUCUAGAUGACAUGAUCGAGUCUGGAUUGCUCAUUCUUGCACUUGGUGUGCUGGCGUAUUUAGCAUACGUCAGGCAAAACGUGCAACUGCAGUUGAGGAGGGAAAGACGACAACAGCAGGAUGAGCACCAGACUGAGGGCCAAGAACAAGAAGCGCAACAGCAGCAGCAGCAGCAGGAAGGUCCUCAGCAGAAUCCUUGGGCACCAUUGGGUGACGAGCCCAACGCAGUGGCCAACAUCAUCGCAGGCAUCUAG